AUGAAAUCAAAUUCAUCGAUAACUUCAAUGAAAGAUUUCGUUUUUUCUUGGAAGUCCUUACCUGAUAAAUCUUCAAUGAUAAAGUUGAAUCUGCAUAAUCUCAAAUAUUGCGAAUCGUUAACGUCUUUCCAUUCAGCUAUCCAAAGCCAACAUCAGAAUCAAAUUGGAGCAUCACCUAAGGACAACAAGAAAAAUUAUUUAAAGCUCAAAAUAUUUACAAAAAAGUUAUCGAUGAAUUUAGAAAUCAUUUUCGCAGACACGAACGAAGACGAGGAAUCGCGGGUUUGGAAUGUAGCGAAGAAAGAUUUAUUAGGAAUAAAGCAUGGCACUACAGAAUCAUUUGCUGAUGCAUUUAAAGACCAAAAUAUCUGA